CCUUCUUCCUCUCAGCCAGGAGAGUCGGAUUUCAAAUUCCUCCACAAACACAGGCAUGGCAUCUUAUAGUUGACUCUGGUUAUACCAAGGGGAGCUUUCAGCCCACAAAUUUUCGAAAAAAAGAGGGUAUUCACCAUCAAACCCACUUUGACCAUUGGGCAACAACUCAAGCUAUCAAGGUUGCUUUUAACCAGGGGACGAGUGCUGGGGCCAGGGUCUGUGGCCUGCAACCAGUGCCCGACCGCCACACUCCAAGCUGAUUACAUCACUGCACACACAAGUACAUCUCCCUCAUCAGUUUGAGGCUUGCAGUAUCAGUAAAAGUAGUAGAUGGAAGAAGAUCCAUCCUACAGGAAAGAUAAUGAUAAUUUGGUUGUAGAUGUGAAAUACACAAAACGCCAAGUUCUACCGGCCGUCAAACUAGAGCGAAAGAACAUUACCAUGACCAAACCCCCUGACACGGUUCCCUGCAUAGUGACCGUAACCGAAGAUGAAACCGUCGAAACUACCGGUCCAGCAACAACAACAUCAUCAUCAUCAACGACAACAACAACAACAGCAACUACUACUACUACAUCAACUGUGGGUGGAAGCACAAGUCCACUGGGAGAGGAAGAAGAAACAAAAGAAACACCUGAACAGGGUGUGCCCGAAACUAACGGACAUACGGAGGAAUUACAAGAAACAGAAAAGUCUGGCAGUAGGCUUACAGUGCAGUUUGUGGAGCUGCCACCAAAGAGAACAAGUUCAAAUGUUAUGGAAUUUUUGGAAGAACAAGAAAAAUCACUUACAGAGCAGUUUAAAGCCUUGCCGACAAAAGCGCGGAAGACUCGGUCCCCGAGCCCAAGCACACUGCGGCAAAGUGUGGGACUGGAUCACUUGGACAAUCUGGUCCGGCUCAUGGAACAGCUUGCACAGCUUCGGGACGAGAACACACAUCUCAAAAAGAAGUGUGCCUACCUUGAGAGCACAAAGCACCUGCUCCAAGCCAAAACUUCACUCGGAGAAGAAGCUUUACCCAUUGGGUAUAGCUCAUUGCCUUCAAAGGCUAAGCCAAAAUUGAGGAAAUCUAAUACUGAUCCCGAGUCGAAAAAUUCAGGUGGAGGCCACAGAUCCAGGCCCCGCCUGCCCAGUGCUGAGGAUGCUGCUAGUAUGGACUAUGGAGAAUCAUCGUCUGAUCAGAGUCCUAAAAGACCCAAACCUGGUACACUAAAAAAGCGGAGUUUUUCAACAGGGUCUUUAGAUGUUUCAUCGGAGAUCAUGGAUGAAACUAGAGAUGAACAUGGUCAUCGAAAAGGAGGCUUGACCAAAUCAAAGAGUGGCAAAGAUGGCACAAGAGGAUUUUUUGGGCACAAAUCUCAAAAAUCAAAAUCCUCAAAGAGUUCCAAAUGGGCAAGAGUUAAAAAAGUUUUAACUGGGCAAAAACUUUAUGAAGAUUUAGGUUUUAAGUUUGGAAAAGGAACUCAUGUGAGAUAUCACUCUGUGGGCUCACCACAAGAACUCAGUCCCCCGAGCCAACGCAUCAUGGAUGGCAGAUCCUUGGACUCAGGGGUGAGUAGCAGCCUGGAUGUGGAUGGACAUCCGCGGACAUCCACGUCCUCUGCUGAACCCCCAAGUCCAAGCAAAUCUCCCAACCAGACCGAAGAUCGGGAACUUGAUCUUACAACAGAUAUCUGGAUGGGUCCACAAGAUUGGAUUGAACAACAUGAUAGUCGCAAAGAAAGUGGAGCAUCUCAUGGGAGUGAAGAAGUAACUACUAUUAUCGAACUUAAAAGUGUGAAAGAAGGGGAGCAAUUUCUUAAAGUCGUCCCACUUCCUCGGCGUCAGUCAAGUCCGACUCUUGGUGAGAGUCAGGAUGAGGACAUGGAUGCUACGGAUGCUGGGCGACUACGACGCUCCUCCAGCUACAAAGGUACAGAAUCAGACUCCACACUCAAGGAUGAUGAUGCAUCCACAACUAAAUCUAGUGAUAGGGACUCUAAGAAGUUACAUAAAACACCCUGGGGAAGGGUGAAGGAUAUGAUUCAUACAAGGAAAGAUAGUUUAAAGAAAAAGAAGAAAGGUGACUUAGAUGUGAGUGAGUGUUCCGAAGCAGACGCGGAAGCACUUGAUGAACAUUUACGUAGUGACCAGUUCGGAGAGGGUGUGAUGAGUCGUUCAACCCCACGCACAUCCCCCAUAGCGAUACGGCAACGUGGCUCCAAGAGCUGUAGUGAAUCCCCACCUACCCUCAGUGUGGGGAAGACAUCGCCCACCAGACCCUCUCUGCCCUCAGGAAGUCCAUUGGACAUGGCAGCGUUGCUAGCAACGGGUGUUUCCGACGAGUAUAUCAAGAAACUUCAAGAGUGGGAGACGUUGAAGACGAGGAAGUCAUCACAGAAAGCAGUUAUGGAGGAGAGCAGCGUCACUACCCCAGACAGUUCCUUUCUAUCCCUGGAUUCCACGGUUACGGACAGAAGCAAAGUUAGAGGUUCAUCUCCACAUCGACCACACAGUCGGGACAGCUCUGGGGAGGAAUCAGUUGAUGACAUCACCCCAGCCGAUGUCAGUCCGUCUGUUAAUGUGGAUGACCUCCAGCGAAAAAUAACCGAAAGUUUCAGUCGCAAACUUCAAGAGUGGGAGCGAAUUAAAUAUCGCCGAGAAACGAAAGAAGGAAGUCCUGAGAUAGAGAGAAAGGGAAGUAAGAGUCGGAAAGACGAACGUCAGAAAAGUAAAAAGUCCCGAGAAGAAAAGGAAAAGGAAAAAAUGGAGAAGCAACGCGAGCGAGACCUGCAAAAGGUGGAACGUGAACAGGUCAAGCUCGAGAAAGAGAAGAUGAGGCUUGAGAAAGAGAGGCUCCGAGCAUUAGAGCGGGAGGCCAAGUUGGAAAAGAUGAAGGGAAGGCUAAGCCAGUCGGAUGAAUCAUCUUUCCGGAACCCCAUCAUUAGUCCAAUGGCAGAGUACAAGGUCACCGCAGACUUCGCUCGGAAGCUUCAUGAAUGGGAGGUGAUGAAAGGUUUGUCACAUGACAUCUCCACAGCCAUCUACCUGGAAGCUCAGAAACGAAGUUUACAGCAAUCGCGAGAAGCUCAGGAAACAGCAACAGUUAAAUCUGAACCCCAAACCUCACCAACAGGUGGAGCCAUUGGUGGAGCGGGUCAAGGCGCCAGACCCAAGUCCAGCAAACCUCCACCAUUGACUCUUCAGCCUUACUGGGAUUCCCCUGAAGAGACCUCGCCUAUAGAGAAGUCCUCGGAAACCAGCGUCGGGGACGACACCAGCAUCACAGAGGAGGGCACCACAAUCAUGAAGUCCAACAUUGCCAGUCUGGAGCGAGCAAAUCUCCAACUUCUAGAGGAGCUCCAGCGGAAAGAACUAGAGUAUGCAGCAAUUCAGGAGGAAGUUCUUGACCUCAACGAAAAGCUUUCCCUGGUCCGAGACGAACAUGCGACCGAGAUGGCCCGCUACAGAAAACAGUUGUCUUCAGGAGGGGGCCAACCCCAGGCUGUGAAGUUAGAGGUCGGAGCGCUGGAGGCCACUGUGGCUGACCUCGAGCAGAAGAUCAAGCAGCUGGAUGGCGUAGGCGAGAAGCUGGCUGAAUCAAUGGAAACAGCUGCUGUUGGGAAGUGGCAGAGUAUAGAGGGUGAGGAACUGGUCAGCAUCCAACUGAUGGAGCUGGUGGAGCAGAUGAGGGUCAUGCUGUUACAGGCAUCGCAGUCACGCGAGGCCUCACAGAAGUCAUCUGCUCUACAUAACUUUGAGAAGCUGUACAGCCAGGCCAUGCAGCUGCAAGUCCAGAUGAACAACCUCCGCUUGAGUCACCUGCAGCGGAACAAGGAGAUCAUGGACAUCAAGAGGCAGCUGCUGCUACAGGAAGUCAACAACCUGCUGCUCCAAGCCGACAUCACCCGCCGCGAGUCCGAGCUCUACCAGUACCAGGAGUCUCGCCAUCCGGCCACCGUCAAACGGUGGAACACAUUCGGAGGCGCGGACCGAGGGGUUAGAGUGGUGGAGGGGCGUGAGGCAGACCGACCACCACUGCAGCGAUUCAUGAGUUUGAAGGAAACAGAAGUGACUUCCAGUGAUGACAGCUCUCAGCCGGCUGAGAAACGUGACUCCAUUCCAUCAAAAACAGGUGAGUCAAAAUACUGGGUAGACAACUAUGUAUUUAAUACGGCAGUACUAAAAAAACCUCUUCGAGGGGAAGCAGCCAGCCCAGGGCCGAGCAGCAUCAGGCGAUACCCCAGAGGCACCCCCAGUCAGCGUAGCAGCCACGGCGAAGCAGCCGAGAAGGAAGUCACAGACCACCUCAGCGAAGGGCGCAGAUGUACAGUCGUCGCGAAGGCCUUCAGCGAAGGCGGAGAAGAUCGUCAUCAUCCCUCGGCCUCGUCCUCAGAUGCAGACUCAGACCACCAGGCGUCCGGAAGCCGUCCGCGGAAGUCAAAGGCGCCGCUCCCCAGGUCGGGCGCAGAGGAAGCUGCGAAGGCCGUCACACAGAUCGUCAUCGUCCAGAAGGGCGUCGAGGGACUAUUCAAGAGCUUCCGCGAAGCCGUCAACAUUCUCCUCGCAGAUCUAGGUCUUCCCAUAGGCGCCAGAUCACCUAGGCGAUCUCCACGCCGUUCACUGCGCCCGAUCUCCACGUACAUCACCUGCGCGGGUCAUCACACAAAUUACAUUGGUGUUGUGUCAGUGUCGUCUGCUGAUCGGGACGGAAUUCAUUCCAAAUCUGUUUUACAACAGGAUGAACAAACCACUGACCAUGUUGAAAAACACUUGCAAACCACGAAAGGAAGUGUGAAAACGCCUCUAGAACGCGAAGCUUCUAUACAUGAUGAUAAUCUUGACGUAGUAUGCACUCUUAGUUUGCCUACUGCACUUGUUUCUCUGCCCAAGGAUAUAUCAAAGACUGAGUUAAAUGUCCCUAAAGUGGAGAAGGGGUCUCCCACUUUGGAGACGUGUGUUGCUAAGCAGCCAGUGAGUAGAACCUCUGAGGGUGCUGCUUCCAGCCAGUCGCAACAAGUAACUGAGACCCCUGAUGAACCCAUUCCAGAGCGGCUUCGAGGUCUGGACAAACCCAGGCUCGUCAAGUCUGCCAAGAUCAUUGAUGAUGAAUAUUCCCCGACUGAAACUGUGAUGAAGUGUACAGAAAUGCCUACAUCAGUAGAAUCGUAUAAAGUUGAGAGUGGUCCUGUGCACAAGGCUACUCAAGAUGUAGAUAUUACAGUCCACGGGAAACCUGCUCAGAGUCCAAAGAUAAAGUCCCAGCAUCCAGCGCAAGCACGAGAUGCAUCACAAAGGGAAACUGAGGACAGCAGGAGCACCUCCCCGAAGUCCGAGUCCGGCGCUACUGCGGCUAAACCACCACUGCCACCAUUCACACAAAGCACACCUGUGAGCACACAUUCCCCUCGACCUCGUGCGUAUUUAGAUCCUGAGGUCCGAUCACAUAGUGCAGGCGAAAUCUCCCAUCAGAGUGGAGGCGAUGAUAAACCAUUGUCAGACAUGAUCAAGAAGUUUGAGAAACGUGCCACUGUCUGUGAGACAGCGCAGCACACUUUCGAGUUACGGAAAACCCCAAGUCCGACGCUGUACCUGCCGCAGGUGGGUUUGGUGUCACCGGUGCGUCGCCUCAAGCCGGCCGCUGAGCUCCUGAAGGAGAGUCAGCGGUACCGGAGUGGCCACACCGUGUACGCUGCCCGUCUGCGCCAGCGCUACCUCAAAGACGAGGAAGGCCGACAGCAACAACAAGAGAGGGCAAAGAGCCAUGACAAAGAAAACAUCUCCGCAAGCUAUGUACAAACCAUGGUACAAAGACUAUCUAGAGAGGGCACACCCACAAAAAGUGUGGAUUCUUCCAAAAAUAAUUCCUCAUUAUCAUUACAAAGAAGUGAUUCUCCGCGCACUCAAUCCGAGUUUGUUUCGCAUAUUGUACGCAAACUUUCCUCUCCCAGUGGACCAGAGCAUAAGUUCAUUGUCCCCCUGAAAGAUGUGACUAAUGACGGACAAGUUAAGAAACUAGCAGAAGUGUUUGACACUUCCCCAAGUCCAAAGACUUCCCCUGAAAGGACGUUAUCAGAUUCAGAAGUCAAAGAAUACCGGAAAAGAAGAGAGAAAAGUCGAGUGCCUCCCUCACAACGCAGGUCUUGUGAGCUGGGGGCACUCCAUGAUCCAAGUUCUGUGAUAUCUAGUGACAGCUCCUUGAAACCAGAUUCAACUAUAAGUCCCACAAACCAUCAAUCCAUGCCAUUGUUGUUCGAGUCAGAGAGACAGGCCUCACUGGAGUGCGCUCAGAGGGACCGAAGCGCCACCUACAGUGCCAGUGAGCAAACACAAAGUAAGACAGGGAAAAAACCGGAACAUGACGACGAAAUAACUGUUGUCUCUCAAGAAACAUUAUCAUCGCCUUCAUCUCCACAAGCCUCCGGAAGCCUCUCACCAACUCAAGGGGAACAACCUGCAUUCCCAAAAUCACCAAGAGCAGGACAAAUAUUUGAUUUCAGUAAAUUGCCUUCACCCAAGUUACACAAACGUUCAGAAGGAGGCAAGAAAAAGAAAAUGGGGACCAUUGGUGUGCUUUGUCAACAAUCAAUGUCAUUUGACCUAGGUGUGACUCUUCAUGCAGUAGAACCUGAAUCACAAACAAAAGGUGUGGUUUUCCGCAAACCCAAGCGUUCGGACUCGACUUCUCCGCCCGCUUCCCAGCGGUUUUCUUCCACCAGUUCGGAAGGGGAGGGGGCACCUGCCUCGCCAACUGAUGACAAGAAACGGUCUCGGAGGCUUCUGGAUUCCAGUUGGCUCCACAAGCCAAAGAAAUUCUUCAAAGUUUCGAAGUGCACAUGCUGUAAUCUUCAGUGUACAUGCCGUCACCAGUAGCUUGCCGUUAUUUCCUCAAUGUCCUGAUUUUCUCUGAUCAGAUGAUACCCAUGGCUGGUCAGGCCGAUAAUGUUCAGUCCGUAGAUGCUGAUUGGUCAGACUACAGACAUGGCAGCACAUGCUGGUGUCGGGGCAGGCUCAGACGUCAUGUGUUGUCCUGACGGAGUGGACAGGAAAUGCUAUGCAUUAUGGGAAGACCAGGUGUGAUGAGGAGCCCGCCAUGUUGUGCUGGCCGGGCGCUGGCAGCCAUGUUGGAUAUCACCGACUCAGGAUGAAGAAGACAACACGGUCCCGCGUCUUGACCUUGACCUUUCCGCAAUUUCCCUAGCAGCUGGCUUCAGUCAGACAUUAUUUCGCUUUUUCAUUUCGUCGUCAGAUCAUAUCUUGUCAUCAUCAUAAUCACAGAUGUCAUCAUCAUCAGGAACAUCCUCAUCGCCACUACUGUUGUCAGUGUAGACGUGAUCAUCGUUCCCAGCUAGAGCUCGUGUACAGCAAUAGUAAAACAUGUCAGUGCGGACUGACUCUCUUCAUACAUGGUGCUGAACUUAUUUGUAAAUGUUUGUCUUCAGUUUGUAAAUAUUGUUUGUAAAGAGGAGAUGUGCAGUGCAGCACCCGGGUGUCGCACGGAACUUCAGUGUACAGAAAGUGUACAAAAUUCUUCUAAGAUAUACUACAUCAAUUUCACUGUGUAGAUAAAACCUUCAGUUGGUCUGUGUAAAAUGCAAGUGUACAGUUCAUCAAAGAAGCUGUUGAAAAUACUCAAGUUGUGUUCAUAUUUCAAUGCAAAAGCGAAGCUGGUUAUGUAUAUUAUGAGCAUGUGAUAUGAAGAAAGUGGAAGCUCCAGAUCUCGGGGCGACGCCAUGACCAGUAUUACCCCUUCAAGAACAAUCCUGACGGCAGUCCGCUGUUAUAAAUCUAGGUUAUCUUUCUUCUGUGAUGAGCUGAUACGGCACAUCUUUCUCCACUUCUAUUUAUUCCAUAAUCUUUCAGGUACUGUUGGGGCUUUGUUCUCUCCCAACAGCAGCAAGUUGGCCAGAUGCUGUCGAAUGCUAAUAACUACAUACAGAAUAGAAACAUGCCAUUUAAAGGGGCUUUAACAACUUAAUACCAACUGAAGCUGAACCUACAUGUCUUUCAGUGACACUAUUAAUAUACAAAUCAGCAUAAGUUCAUAUAAUGUAAUUCAAGCACACAUGUAGACAACAAAAGACAAGCAUUAAAGUAAUUCAAGCACACAUGUAGACAAGAUGAGCGAAGCAUUGAUGUAAUUCAAGCACACAUGAGACAAACUAAGUGCCCAUGUAAUUCAAGCACACAGGUAGACCAGCAUUCACACAGACUCUAGCAGCAUCUGGCCAAGCUGUGUUACUGUAUGAUCUCUCUUCUAUUCCCUAGUGCCAAACAUUGAGGUGGGGCACUGACCGCGCUCUCAGCCACCAGGACCGCCCAUAGCACUGCUCUGGGUACCUUGGUACCUGGAUACCCAGAUGUAAUGCUGUGGACGGUUCUGAAGUGGGUGAACAAGCUGGUGGGCAGCAACUUGGUGCAGCUCUCUUGGCUGAUGCACAUCUCUGAUCAAGAGUAAAUGUAUCAAAGUCAA